AUGGAAAAUCACAAACGACAAUGCGAAAUAUGUGGAAAAGAGUCCAAGUAUCAAUGCCCUAAAUGUAAUAUUUUAUAUUGUAGUAUAGAUUGUUAUAAGGCACAUAAAAUAAAUUGCAAGAAAAAAGAAGCGCCUUUUAUACCACUCCAACAAAUGAACGAUGAUACAAUUGGAGAAGAUUUAAUGUUAUUGAGUAAAACACAGUCAUUUGUUCAUGCACUUGAAUCAAAACGGAAGUACAAUACAUUUCUAGUGAAAAAAUCAAAAAGAAAUAGAAAAAGAAAUGAAAAUAAACCAAAAAAAAAUAAUCAACACAUGGAAAAACAUCAACAACAAACAAAUUCUCAAUCUGAGAAAGUAAAAAUCCAAAACGAAAAUGAUAUUACAAUGAAAAGAGAAUCCAUAAAUUUAAAAGAAACUAAUGAAAAAAAGGAAUAA